CAAACUUGACUGCAAACUUCCAGCUGUUGUUUUUAAGGAAGUGAAAGCGUGUCGCUGGUGUAGAACGUGGUAUAUAUAUAUAUUUUUUUUUUUACAAAAACAACUUGGCUGUAAUACCACAAUAACAACGCAACGGUGCUAACAACAGAUGGCUGGGGAACCUGCUGAGAUGACUCAACUUGGAGGUGAAGAUGAUAAAGAGGAGAUGUCGGGGGACGAAUCAGACGCCAAACCUGACCGCAAGGGGAGGUUUUUACUCUUUGGCAAGAAGAAUAAGGAUGGCCAGACGCGGGAGCAGGACUACUCUUCUGAAAGCCAUUACAGAAUUGUCUCACCAACAUUCCAGUAUAAGAUGAACCACCGGCGAGUGGGCAAGUGCAUCAUCAUCAACAACAAAAACUUUGAUGAAAAAACAGGGAUGAAUGUACGCAACGGGACGGACCGCGACGCCGGCGAGCUGUUCAAGUGCUUCAAGAAUCUGGGCUUCAACGUCUUCAUCUAUAAUGAUCAGACCUGCGAGAAGAUGGAGCGUCUCCUUCGAGAGGCCUCGGAGGAAGACCACAGUGACAGCUCGUGUUUCGCCUGCAUCCUGCUAAGCCACGGCGAGGAGGGCAUGAUCUACGGCACGGAUGGCGCCAUGCCCAUCAAGACCAUGACCUCACUGUUCAGGGGGGACAUGUGCAAAAGCCUGGUGGGAAAGCCCAAACUUUUCUUCAUCCAGGCCUGUCGGGGUUCUGAAUUCGAUGAUGGCAUACAGACAGAUUCAGGUCCGCCAAAUGACACCCUUGAGACAGACGCAAAUCCGAGACAUAAGAUUCCGGUCGAGGCCGAUUUCCUCUUUGCCUACUCCACUGUACCAGGGUACUACUCGUGGAGGAACCCCGGGCGCGGCUCCUGGUUCGUCCAGGCGCUUUGCAACGUCCUCAACGAGUUCGGCAAGCAGCUGGAGAUCAUGCAGAUCCUGACGCGCGUCAACUACAUGGUGGCCACCAGCUUCGAGUCGUGGUCCGAGGACCCGCGCUUCAGCGAGAAGAAGCAGAUCCCCUGCGUGGUCUCCAUGCUGACCAAGGAGCUCUAUUUCAACUGACCACCACCACCACCCCUUCAGGGAUGGAUGGAGCAGUCCAAGAAGCAUUCAGGGAUAAUUCCGGCCCAGCGGGAACAAGCGCUGCACUUUUUAGCGCACGUGUCGAUUGGGCCCGAAAUGGAAUCUUUUAUAGUAGCACUCCGCUUUCACAUGUUCAUAGUGAAACCUCUUUUUUUCCUCUUCUUCAGGUUUUUCCUCACAACAAUGGCGUCACAUUUGAUCGGAUCUUUGUCGGCAGGCAUUGUGAGAUAUGCAUGUUCUUCUACUACCACUUCACUUUCGUUCCCGCACUUGUCGCUGCCACUUCCUUGUCCGAACACUCUGUACCUCUUCAUUUUCACUCUCAUAAUUUCCUCCACAAGAGUGUGGUUUCAAUCAUGCAUUCGGCUACAAAUUGAAGACAAAACAGCAACUUCAAGUUCAAACUACCAUCCUCAGGUUCAUUCAUGUCCCAAAAUGUGGGUAAACGUAGUGCUUUAAAUACUGUACUUCCACACUGUGUGUAUAUGGAAAGAAAAUGGUCAGCUUUGUGGAUCAUAUCCAGAUCUCCUUAACAUAACCGUAACAUGCAACUGAUGUUGACGCAUUGUAUGUGAUCCGAAAAUGUCACAUAGAGUGGAUAUAGAAAGUCUACACAAUCUGCACACAGUCUGUUCAAUUGCCAGAUUGUUGGGAUAUUAAAAAAUUAAACCAAGAAAUUUCAUUUCAAAAAUCUAAUAAUGUAACCUUUAACCUGUACAACUCCAUCCAUCCAUCCAUCAAUUUUCAACACCACUUAUCCUGGUUAGGGUCAUGGGGCACUGGAGCCUAUCCCAGCUGAGUUCGGGCGAAAGGCGGACUAUACCCUGAACUGGUCGCAAGUCAGUCGCAGGGCACAUGUAGACACAGACAACCAUUCGCACUCACAUUCACACCGUCACUGAGUGGGAACUGAACCCACGCUGCCCACACCAAAGUCAGACGAGUGUACCACUACACCAUCAGUGAUCCUGUACACCUUGAUUGGAUUAAAAAAAAAAAAUCUUUUUGAAAGUGUAAGUAAACGGCACAAGUGUGCACACCCUCUUAUAACUGGGAUGUGGCUGUGUUUAGAAUUAACCAGUAACAUUCAAACUGCACUCACCUGGCACUAUUUAAAUUGCCUCUGAUUAACCCCAAAUAAAGUUCAGAUGUUCUAGUGGGCUUUGUUUCAGUUGUACAGGUUAUAGCCAGGUCACAUUAACGUUGGAAAAAAUAUCCUUUUUUAUUUCAAAAUAAAUGUGAAAUUGUUUUCAAUAUAGCACUCCAGUAACAGAACCUGAAGACGUGCAAUAUAAUUAGGUUAUACUAACAAAUCAACUUUAACAUCACAGUGAUAGUACAGGAUCUCCUGACUAUACUAUUAACUACCUCCCUCUGUUAAAUUGUUGUUUUUUUAUUUUGAAGGGCUAUUUAUUGGCGCCUGUUUGUGAACCAGCUCAUUUGAUACAUAGGAAAACAAUGCAAUAUUUUUCUUAAUAUAAUUAUAACCCAAUUUCUUGCCAUAAAUGUGAAUAAUAGAUAAAGUAAAACAUUUAGAAAAAUCCUGAAUGUUAUUUUUUUAUUGAGCUUAAGAAUACAAUUAUGGUCCAAUUUGGCAACGUAAUUGGGCAGAAUAAAGUAAAAAAUUAAAAAACUAACUAAAUUUUUUUUAAAUUGAUCACAAUACAAUUAUGGCCCAAUUAGGCAUACUUUCUGAAUAUUGAAAUAAAAAUCCAAUUGAAACAUUUUUUAAUUCAUAAUACAAUUUUGGCAAAAUUGAGAAUUGUAAACUCAGAACUCAAUAAAUUAAUUAAUUUUGAAAAUUAAAUGAAGUAAAUAUUAUAUUUUUAAAAAUACAAUAAUGAAUCAUAUUAACACAAUUAUGGCCCAGUUUGGCACCAUAAGUGCAAAUUAAACAUUCAAUUAUUUUAUUUUAGCCACUAAACCAAACGUGACAAUGGGAUGAUUUUUGGAAAUUCAAUAGUUGAUAAAUGGACUUUUCUCAUUCGGGUAAUGUUCAUUGUUCAACUAUAGAAUGAGAAAUUCACCGUUAAAACAAUGCUAGCUUGUUCGGAACGCCUAGAAAUUGUGCCGUUAACACACACGCACAGAAUUGCUGUUUAAUUGUAGAAAAAAAUAGAAUGUCUAUAAUGAUGUAGUCAACAAAAGACAGUUGUUUGUGUUUAUCAUCGUGUCAAUCACAGAGGCAGCUAUUGACAAUGGCAAGAGUGAACCACACAAUACACAUUCUCCAUGUUGCCGCACUCAUUCUCACAGGUUGUGUUUUUUUUUUUUUUUUUUUUUAAAUCAGCCUUUUUAGAAUUUCAACAGACAAUUGCAUGCUAAACACCAGUGCCCAAAGUGCGAUCCAUCUGAGCAAUGACAGUCUUGCCAUUUUAAAACUCAGUAUUGAUCUGUCUCGACACAUGGAUCUCUGAUCAGUGACGUGGUGCCCAAAAUGUGCCAAAAGGAGUGUUUGCGCAACUUUUUUUUUUUUUUUUUUUUUUUUUAAAUAAUGAUUCUUUAGGGGUUCAACUUUAAAUGCUUUAUGGUGUUAAAUGCUGAUGUCCUCAUUAAUUUAUUUGAAAGAAUUUGGAUGCAAGCAUGAAUUAAAAUAUAAUCUGAACCAGUGUUUAAAUUGUAAACAUAGGAUACUCUUGUUCAAAGGAAAAAAAACAUCCAAACAGAAGAAUGCUUAUGUAAACACUUUCUUGUAUUAAAAAUGAAUUUAUUGUGUUAUGAGCUGAGUAGUUUGUAGCACCACAUACUACAUACUGUACCACACCAUGCACAUAAUUAAAAUGUAUUUUUUUUUAAAUUAA